AUGUCUCCAUCAACCCAAUUCAUCGAUCUCCUCAAGGCCCGUCGUACCAUCUACGCUCUCAGCAACAAAUCCACCAUCCCAGAUAGCAAGAUCCAAGAGAUUGUCGAGCAAUGCAUUUUGCACGUUCCUUCCUCGUUCAACUCGCAAAGCACCAGAGUUGUUUUGUUGCUCAAGGGUGAACACGAGAAGCUUUGGGAUAUUACCAAGGAGGUUUUGAAGGGUGUUGUUCCUGAGGCUCAGUUUGAGGGAACGGCUCAGAGAAUUGAUGGAUUUAAAGCUGGUUAUGGAACUGUCCUUUUCUUCGAAGAUAGAAAGGUGGUCGCCGGUAUGCAAUCCGCAUACGCUACCUACGCAGAGAGAUUCCCCAUGUGGGCUAGUCAAAGUGAUGCCAUGACUCAACAUGCCAUCUGGGUUGCUUUGGAAGCUGAGGGAUUGGGCGCAAACUUGCAACAUUAUUCUCCUUUGAUUGAUGCUAAGGUUGCUUCUGAAUGGAACAUCCCAGCUGACUGGGAACUCAACGCCCAACUCGUUUUCGGUACUCCUGUUGCCGAAGCUGGAGAGAAGACCUUCCAGCCUCUCGAGGAGAGAUUCAAGGUUUACGGUGCUUAG